AUGGCCAACCGAUCGCCAUACGUAGCUCCGCAAGGGAGUUCCAGGUUUCUCCAACAGAAGAAACUUUCAAACGGGAGCCCAAAAUUGGCUCCCCAAUCCAAGAACGAGAUGAACAACAUGCAUGAAGCCGCCAAUGGGACACGCACAGGCGAUGCGGUGUCUGACGACAGUGGAAACGAAACCGCACAGUCAGACGGCAAUGCGAACGAGGAACAAGAUUCGGAUGAGGAGGAUGGCUUUGCCCUGCCAGGCGCUCGGAUUACUGGAAGCAGUGUUCCUUCGCGUCUGGCAGGGCUUGUCCCGAAUGAUGUUGACAUGCUUGACGACGAGCAGGAUGCGACAGCUGGUGCAGAAGAUGAGGACGACGAGGACGAUGAAGUCUAUGGCGAUGUCGAGGAUAUCAGCGACGGAGACUCGUCUGAUGUAGAAGAAGACGGCCUUUUGCGUCUGGCCGCGGAUGAUCUGAGGAAGGAGUAUGAGCGCCUCGAAGAGCCAUCCAGAGCUAUGACGAGUGAGAUCAGCAACAUGUCCCUAGCUGCAGACCAAGAAGAUCGCACGCCGCGUGGAGAUGACCUGGACUUUGGUCUGGACUUCUCCGCCGAUCCAUUCGGAGGCCUCCAGCAACAUGAUCAGUUGUACCAGGAGAUGCUCGCAGACGCCACAAACGGCUUUUUCGCCGAUGCAACAGAUCCUUUUGGUGCCGACGAUGCCCUCAGCUCAUGGAGGGAGGCUGACACUGGAAUCGGUGGUGAUGAGGCUGCAGUCACUACCGUCACGCAAAAGAAGGUACGCUUCGAAGAAACUGCGUCCUCUCGAGCCUCCAGCGUGAGCAGCGACGACGAUCCACGCGAAGAGUAUCCGGACCUCUUCGCCGACUACGACGACCCAGCCUCGCGACAGCGAACCCACAGCAGCAGCAUGAACUUCGAUGUGAUUCAUGACGCCGAUUCUGAGUACGAGCAUUAUGAGUUUGACGAUGACGAUGAGCGGGUGGCAUUUGAGAUUGACGCUCAGGACGACUCUGACACCGAUAUGAGCGAUGAUUGUAUGCAUGACAGCCCAAAUGAUGUUGAUAUCACUGCUAACAUGCCUUAAAGCCGACGACGGUGAGACUACUGACGAGGAAAGCCCUGAAGACCAGAUUGCCCGCGUAAACGCCAUCAAAGCCCAGCGCGCCAAGAUGAUCAUGCCACCGCCACCAUCCAAGAGCGCGCCAACUACGCCAGUGGCCAGCAAGCGCUCGUCUCCAGCUCCGUCGCGCUCUCACACGACCACCAGCCGCGUUGGAACUGCUAAGGGAGGUCGCGGACCAAGGAUGGGAACGUUUGCCCAUGACCCGACUCGUGCCUUUGUAACCGCAGCGGUUGGAGGCAGCGGUAUCAGAGUGACCUGUCCAACGAAGCCUCCAGAGAAGGAUCGAGCCUACUGGGAGCGUGCACGACAGGCAUUGAACAGUCGGGAUGGAAGCCCGAGCGACUCGGUCUCUUGGACCCGUAGCACCCCGCAACUUCCCAACCAACCUAAGCGUCCAUUCACGGCCAGGUCCACUCUGGGAACGAUGUUUGAUGGCAAUCUCGACUUCCUCCGCAACAACGACGAGAACGGUAUUGUUCCAAAAAGGUUCUUGGUGGCCGCACGCAACGACAGUAUGCAGUCCUCAAUGACCUCAACGACGAUGACCGGAGAAGACGAAAGCGAGGACGAGAGCACCGUUAACAUGACCGAGUUCCUUCAAAUUGAGGAAUCCUCUGACGACGACGAGGCCCCAUCUGCUGGCAUUCUUUCACCUUCGAAGGACUUCUUUGGCGACGCAAUCUUUGAAUCUUCCCCAAUGGCCUCCCACGAACACGGCAACGGGCUUCUAAGCCACUUCGAUCAGCAGCCAGGACUCAUCUCGUCCUUCCGUAACAACCAGAAUCAUGCUCGCCACGUGAGCUCUCUGGCCGCGAACCCUGCUAAGCGAGCUCAGACAUCUGAAGCCAAUGCUUUGCAGAAAGGACGCCGCAGCGCUGCCAAUACCCCGAUUACGCCCGCGCGCAAGAAGCGCGUGAGCCAGGACCUCGAUCUCACUGGCGCCGGCAUCAAGAAGAACGCCAGCCCUCUUGUACAGAAGCAGCGUCGUCGCAGCAGAGGAAACUCGCUGUCUGGCAUCCACCAAACCCUCACACGGGAUCGCUUCGCCGGUAAUACUAAUUAG